AUGCCCUCAUACAAAGAACUCCGUGCUCAGGGUCUGCAGGCCAGCCCUACCGCAUAUCCUAUCCCCGCGCGCAACUCAGCAGGCGAAAGUGUUUACAUCUAUCAGAGAGUCAAGUGGACCGGAAAUUUUCUCGACGCUGAACUCGAGCACAUCGAAGUGCCUGCAUACACCUGCCCAUCAUUCACUACCACAACCCGACCUGAGAGUCUCACCUUGGAAGACACUCCCACCACAAUGCUCUCGCAUCAAUAUCCUUUCAGCAAGCAGGCUCUUGCUGGUCCUUACCCUUCCGCACCAGAGAGAGAUGAGAAUGGCAAACCCGAGCGACCAACAGAAGACACGGUUCGCGAAAGAUCUUUCGCCAAGCUUAUCUCCACUGAAAGGCCACUAAACGACGACGAAAGAAUUGCUCGAGACAGUCAGUACCUCGUUGACUUGCAGAGAUGGAGAUCGUGGGCAUCGAGAAUGCCCGAGGAGUGGAACCUCCUGGACCCGGUUGAGUACAAACAGCUCAACAGCAUGAUGCCAACAGCCUCCACGUCGCAGGUCGACAAGCCCAACAUCGACAAAGAUGCUCAGAUUCUCUUGCUCUUCGUCUGUUUCACUUCGUUCCUGACCUUCAUCGGUACCUCAGCAAGUCAGCUCCUGGCCCUUGGAGUUCUCCUCGUUGGCGUUAUUCAGAUCAACCACCAGAACAGCCUGGAUCCUAUCGCCAUUUUCAGCUUCACCGCUCUGAACCCAGUCAGUACCCUGUAUCUCCUUGGCUACUGGAUACUGGGGAUGAUAGGCGUUGUUGGGAUCAUACUCUCCUUCAUCAUGACCUCCACCAUCUGGCUCCUCAAUCAAUUGGUCGCCUCCCUCGCAGGCGCUAAUUCCGGGUCUCAGACUCUCUACCAUGAUAUGACUGCUUUCUUGAACGUCACAAAGCAUGAUAUCAUGAGGGAGGUCUCUGUCCCUCGACUGACUCCCUGGCUCGCCGGUGUUGUGCUCGCUUUCUUGAACUAUAAGAUGCUCCAGGAGCCCUCGACUAUCUGCAUUCUCGCGUGCAUGGCCCUCUGCAUCUUUAUGGUCAUCUGCAUCCUGUCGUCUUUCGCAGAAUGCCCUCCCAGCGUAGUCGCCGGUGACCCCGUCAUUCCACCUCCCACGACGCCUCCGGCUACCCCUGCUGCUCAGAUUGUCCCUGCCCCUCGCGCAUCGACAACUCUGUCCGGGUACAGUGGUAUCACCUUCGCUGACCCGCUGUCUACUCCGCAGUCAGUCAGCACAAAGUCGCUUCCUGAGAGUCUUCGCCCGAAACCACUCAUCUACGACUUUGGCACGCCGACCCGAGGUCCCCUGAGCAAGGACUUUGGUGCUCGCCGUAGUCCACCUGACCUGUAUCAAAGCUCAAUCUUCUUGGUCAAAAGAGCGACUCUCAAUAGGCAGCUCUUCCUUCUAAUGUUUUUGAACCUUUGCAUUGUCCAAAGAGAGCAGGUGGGCUUUCAAAAUUCUAGAGUUGGAAUGUAUUUUUCUUUGUUCGCUUCUUCGGCAUUUUUCAUCUCAUGUCAAUUUCUUUGUUAUCAGCCAUCCGAUUCCGCGACUACAAUGACGCUUACACCGCAAAAGCCCGCCUUGCACAGCAGCACCCUGGAAGAGCUGCAGGCACGAUUUCCUUCUGAUGCACCUCCCAGUCCGUCAUCGCCAAUUGCAAAGGGCAUUGCGGCCCUCGAACGCCGAGCAUCGAACAGGCAGAUGAAUAGAACAGGAUCUCCUUUCGAGCGCAGUCGUACCGUAUCACCUCUGCCUCUUCGAAUGAAUCUCGCAGCAGACACAACAUCUGAAGCCAGAAGCACCGCCCCCUCACCUGGUCCACCUAAUGGCAACCGUCGAGCACCUCCACCUUCGUUGAAGACCAAGAUGAGACCUUCCAGCGAACUAUUUCUGCCAACACCCAAAACGGCAAGAAGUACUGGGUUCAGAUUCUCGACGAUCAUCCCUGAGGACGGGGUGGCCAUAAAGUCAGAACCUGUAACGCCAGAAGUCGUAGCCCCAGUGCCGUCCUUCUCAUCGCCUCCACUAUCGCCAGCUUCUGCCUCCAUUGCCGAUGCCAUCAGCCGUGUGGAUGUGGGUGCAUCUAUUCAGAACGCCAUCGACAAUUUGAGCAAACCUGAAGCAAAUCGCUUUAUCUUUCCUCCAUUGAGAUCUUCAACUGCGCCGCCUACCAGUCUACGCCGACAACCUAGUUUUGCAUCUAUCAAAUCGUCGCGGUCGUUGCCUUUACGUGCACUCAGUACUCGAUUUAGUCGGAUGAGCCGUGCUGGAGGCAGUAGUUCUCGGGGCGCUGGAGUCAAUCCCAUGCUUUCGCCCAAGAGGCGUGGCUCACAUUUCUCUGGAAUUGACAAGGAUCUUACAGCCGAUAGAAGAAUAAGUUUCAUGCUGGCAAAGCACAAAUCAAACUUAGAAAGCGUGCUAGCAUCACCAAUCGAGGAACAAACACCUGUCAAACCGGUACUGAAAAAAGCCGCAACGAGUGUUAUGCCAUGGCGCAAGAAAGCGAGAGGUGAAACAAUGAGCAUGCUUCUCGAAUCUGGCUUCUUUCCUGUUCAAGAGUUUAUCUACGAGAAAACUGAAACUUCACCAUCGACAACAACACGCAGUCCGAGCAAACGCAAUCAGCUUGCUUUGAACAUCCUUGUCAAAGACUUGCCUGCCGACCGCCCUUCUUCUAUUCUCAACACGCCGACAAACUUCUAUCAACAAGGGCAUGCAAGUCUGAGAAGGAGGUCAACAAGAAACAAUCAUCGUCGCUCACUGGGCACGCGGCGUAGAAUCUUGAACGCAGCUUCCGUUUCGACUUCGCAGAUCUCGCCCACCGUGGUCACUUCCCGAACAGUGAUUGCACCUCCUCUUUCUCCGACUAGUCCAAAAUCACCAAUGACGCCUACCAAAGCCCUUGCGAUCCUGACAGGAAGCUCUGAAAACAGUCCAAAAUCUGGCCAACCAUCACCUGGCAUCCUUGAAGUGAUCCCAGAAGAUGGUGCUGUGGCUGCCACAAUCGAGAACACUUCAUCGCCUACAUCACAUACCUCGAUGCGCACCAUUCCUGAAGCACCAGCACUUCCUGAUGCCGCAGGCAGUGAGAUCCAUCUCAGCUCCGGCACAGUCCUCAUGGUCAAGACCCCUGAGUCAACAGCCUGGCGCCGCUCAAUCUAUAUCCAAGGACCCAUCAAACUGCCUACUCCAUUAGUGGUACCACGCAAAGGCAGUAUCGCCACCCUCGACCCUUUCCAAGACGUCCUCAGCAAUGAUGCAAUCCCACGUCGCAAGUCUGAAGAUACAGCCAUCGAUGACAUCUGCGAGUGGUACGACACCUGGAACCAUGAUGCUGUCUCUUUCGCUUUUGACGAGUUUGUCAUCGAUGACACAGAUCUCGCGAAUACAUGGGCCAUGACUCCUCUCAACGAAGAGCCUGAAAGUCCUAUUGAUCGCAGUGUACGUUUCCCUUCUCCAGCACCACUGGCCAAACAAGUGGCAGCCGCAAUGCUGGAUCCAGGCACUUUGCGCCCUGACUCUCUAGCCAUCAAGCCUCGUCCUCGCAUGUCCCUCCCUCUGACUCCUCUCCCUGAACUCCCGAAAACACCUUCUGUUCCCGGCAGCGAAAAGGGGCAUAGCAGAAACAGCAGCGGAGAGACUUCGUACAAGAGUUCAAACAGCGAUCCUAUCAAGCGCACUGAUAGCAGGGGCAGUGUAGUUAGUGGAGUCAGCUCUGUGGAGGAGAGUGGUUGGUUUGAUGCUGAGAGUAAGGGUGAGAUUGGAAAGAGAAGGGAGAGUUUGCAGGGGACUGAACAGUUGAAAGCGAAACCGAGGAUGAGUAGGAUGCGAAGGUUUGUGCAGACUGCUUCUGCCAUCUUGUAG